UCUGUGGGCGGGACCUCCCCCAGGUUGGAGUGAAGUAGGGUAUCUGCUUGACAGUGGAUCCCCGGGGAUCCGGACUGAGCUCUACGAUACUCAAAGUCGGGCCGCCCCCAAAUGAGUGGAGCUUUGUAGAGCCGAAGCUCACAGUGGGAGGAGAAACCUCGCGCGGUGUCUGAUUGGAGGAACUACGCUGUGGGAGCCUUUCCACAGUGAUCCAGUCUAGGGGAUGAGGUGGGGAGCGUCGCUGAGAGCAUUGCUUUGAAGUCCUCGGCCACUUGCUGAGAGAGACGAGCAUCUCUGAGGGAUUCAGCGGAAACUGAACCUCCCAGGACUGGGAUCCCAACAGAUCCCGGGGAUCUCAGGGCAGAAUUUGCGGGAUAAAGGCCUCGAGAGGCUUGGGCCGUGAGAGAACUUGGCCCUCCGCUAUCUAGAUUCUCGUGGCAGGUGCCAGGCAGGGCACGAGUGAUUUGAUCGAGGCCGCGACAGCGAGAGGACACCCUCUCCGGGCUGCCAGUCGGGGGCGCCAUUGCCGCGCCUCAGGGCUCCGGCCUAUAAUCUACCCCAGCGUCUGGUGGACCAUGAAGGGCGGAGCCCCUAGGAGGGGCUGGCCCUCACUCUGCGCUCCCCUGCUCCCCCCUCACCCCAGGCCGCAGCCUGGGAUCCCCCAGGGACCCCUUGAAGCCGCUGUUUCCCCCAUGGACUUGCCUGGGGACUCCAGCCCUUCUGGCCGGCCGAGUUUGUGCCGCCAGCCCCUAGCUCGAGCGUUAUGGGAAGCCAGGAGCCCGAAACGACCGAGACUGCAGCCGCGGGGAUCCCCUUCUCCCCUGGAAAAGGCCUCUCGGCGGGUCUUGGCCGUGGUGCUGGAAGAUAUCAUGGCUUCCCACAUGGUCUCCUUGACCCAACAAAAGAUCUCCACUCCAUGGGGCCACAAGAACCACCAAGAUUCUGGCUGUAACCAGUUACCCACCUCACCACCCAGGCAGGCCAAAUGGUCCUCUCAGGCUAGGCCUCUUGACUCACUGCCUUUAUGCAGAGAUCCCUUAAAUCAAAUCCACCGAUCUCCUACCCUGAGAUGGCAAUCAAGGACAACCCCUAGCCCAGAGAGCAGACCUCUGCAAAAUGUGGACCAGCCCCCCCAGUCAACCUUGGUGGUGCUGCUGGAAGAUAUUGGUGCCCCCAGACCCUCAGCAGAGGGCUUCGUCGAUGAGAGCCCCAACUUCAUCAUCCCAGCACAAAGAGCUGAGCCUAUGGUGAUGGUACACCAGUCAAUGCCUGAACCCAGGGAACUAGAUCCUCCAUUCCAGCCGUCCACGCUGCCUACACACCGUCCAGACAGCCUGACACCAGCCCCAGAUCCUGCUUUGGAGCCCCCAUCAACUCCACCACCAUCCAGCCUUUUACGGACCCGCCUCAGUCCCUGGGGCUUGGCUCCCCUCUUCCGGUCCGUGCGCUCCAAGUUGGAGAGUUUCGCUGAUAUCUUCCUCACACCCAGCAAAACCCCAGAGCCUCCACCUCCGUCUCCCCCCAUGAAGCUGGAGUUGAAGAUUGCCAUCUCAGAGGCUGAGCAGUGCAGGGCUGUGGAAGCCACUACAUCUGUCAGCCCCCGACCCCCUAUCCGCCAGUGGCGAGCUCAGGACCACAAUGUCCCUGCACAUCUCCCUAAACUCUCUCUGGGCCGAAGCCACUCCUGCCCUGAUCUGGGGCUCCCUGGCCCAGGUACCUGUACCUGGCCCUCUUCUGUACCCCAACCAAGCCAGUCACGGCCACGGCGGCACACUGUGGGUGGUGGGGAGAUGGCCCGAGCCCCACCACCCCCUCUUCCCUGUCUCCGGAAAGAGGUCUUCCCUCUUGGGGGAGUAGGAGCCUCCCCCUCUCGAGCCACGUCUUGCUCAUCUACUGCAUCCACUUCCUCCUUCUCCGAACCAGCAAAACCCAGACUGGGCUCAACCAAAGGGAAGGAGCUAAGGGCCUCAAAGGACCAGGUGCUUUCAGACCCUGAGACCAAGGCUAUGGGAAAGGUUUCCAGAUUCAGAAUACGCAAGACACCCAACCGUCCUCAACUAAAUCUUACACCAAUGGGGCUGCCUCGACCAGUCAGAUUGAACAAGAAGGAGUUCAGUUUGGAAGAAAUUUAUACCAAUAAGAAUUAUCAGUCACCCACAACCAGGAGGACCUUUGAGACCAUCUUCGAGGAACCACGGGAGCGCAAUGGGACUCUGAUUUUCACCAGCUCCAGGAAGCUCCGCCGGGCUGUAGAAUUUCGAGACAGCAGCCUUCCUCGAUCCCGCCGGCCAUCCCGUGGGGUCAGGGCUACAGCUGGCAGAACUGUUACUCCCAACCUGGCACCCAGCCGGGAUGUGGGACCUCUGCUGAGGAAGCGGCUGGAGGAACUAGAUGCCUUGCUCCUAGAGGAGGAAAAGAUGGAUGGAGAGAGACCCCAUCAGUCCUAGGAACUCCAUCGGUCUACCACAGAAGGAAAGCAACUAUUUGUCCAUCUAUCUCUGUGGAGGGAUGGGAAACUUCUGAGGCAGUUAUAUUUUUUUCUCUAUAUUUCUAGUAAAAUUCUCAAUGUUUUCUGA